AUGAGUUCACCUCGCAAGCCCCAUCUUGAUGCAGCUCUUCAUGUUUUGCGCUAUCUCAAGCCUACUCUUCACAAAGGCUUAUUUUAUUCUUCAGGUUGUGAUCUUGUUCUUAAAGCCUUUUGUGAUUCUGACUGGGCAUCCUGCCCCACAACCCGACGCUCCAUUAUUGGUUACUGUGUUUUUUUAGGUUCCUCUCUCAUUUCAUGGAAGACGAAGAAACAAAAUACUAUUUCUCACUCUUCCCUUGAAGCCGAGUAUCGCAGUAUGGCUAUUACUUCUUGUGAGGUCCAGUGGUUUACAUACUUGCUUCGAGAUUUUCAAGUUCCUGUGCAGCUUCCCGUUGACCUUCAUUGCGACAAUCAAGCAGCCUUCCACAUUGCUGCUAAUCUAGUGUUUCACGAGCACAUCAAAUAUAUAACGUAUUGA